AUGUGGAGGGUAUUCCAAUAUCCCGGACAGGAGCGGUACACCAGGGUUGCAGUGUCAGUUCAAAACCAAAUGAGGUGUCAAAGCCCCAGAAAUGACGCUUUCAAGUACAUCACAGACACAAAGCAGGAUGUGGAGGCUGUGCCAAUAUCCCCAACCAGUGCGGUACACCAGGGUUGCAGUGUCAGUUCAAAACAAGAUGAGGUGUCAAAGCCCCAGAUAAAUGAUGCUUUCAAGCACAUCACUGAUGGCGUGCAGGAAGAUGUGGAGGCUGUGCCAAUAUACCCGACCAGUGCGGUACACCAGGGUUGCAGUGUCGGUUCAAAACCAAAUGAGGUGUCAAAGCCCCAGAUAAAUGACGCUUUCAAGCACAUGACUGACACAAAGCAGGAUGUGGAGGCUGUGCCAAUAUCCCCGACCGCAGCUGUACAUCAGGGUUGCAGUGUCGGUUCAAAACAAGAUGAGGUGUCAAAGCCCCAUAUAAAUGACGCUUUCAAGCACAUCACUGAUAAUGGUGUAAACAGUGAGAGUGAGGAUAGCAAUGAUGAAGAGGAAAUUCAUGAAGCAGAUGACUUGACUGAAAAUGCCAUAGAGGAAGAUAUGGAGACUGUGCCAGUAUCCACACUGGGUGCUGUACAGGGUUGUAGUGUCAGAUCUAAUCCGGAUAAGGUGACAGAGCCCAAGAAAAGUGGCAAUAACCGGCCCAAGACUGGAGAAGUAGUGAAGCUUACAGAACAUCAGCACAGGCUACUUAAAACUUUGUUCAAAACAAAUAUAGCAAUGAGAAGGGAACUACAGAAAGAUGAGUGUGAAAAGGUUUCUAGGAAACAUGACGCUCUUCAGAACCUCACCUGGAAAAAAAAUAAGGAUACUGUCCAUAAUUGA